AUGGCCCUCCACUCGCUGGUUCUAAACCCUGAAGACACGACGACCACCACCACCAUUACUAAACCAAUGGAAGAACUUUCAACAAUGGUGAAACCUGAUCAGGCCUUAUACCCCAUAACAUUAAAGUUUGAAGAGGUUGUUUAUAAAGUCAAAAUUGAAGUCAACCCGGCUGACCUUUUUCUUGAUCUUGCUAAUGCUAAAUCGGAAGGAAUUGCACUUGAUUCAAUGCAUGAUUAUGAGCAAGGUGAAAACACGGACGAUGAGAAGAAUUCAAUUAGGCAACAACUCAUCACUUGUUAUGAAACAAGGCUGAAAACUGAUGAAGCUAGGAGAAAUCAAGGUGGCAAAGCAAUCCAUGCUUCAUGGACAAAUUAUGAUGAUCUUAAUGAAUAUUUUUGUCAGGAGAUGUCAAGAUCACGUUUUAGUGUGGAGCUUGAUGCUGCAAAUGAAAAAAUAAUCUCGUUUACUGUUGACACGUUGAAGCGGCAGUUGCAUUUUGAGCCCACUGCUUAUGGUUGUUGCGACAGGGAUGAUCCAGACGUACCAUGUAAUGAUGAUAUCUUUUUACUGUUUCAUCCUUCUACUCCUUUUCCUCCUUGUAUUGGACAAGUUGCUACAACAGAUUCCAUGUGUCCAUUAUCUCCCUCAUCUCAUGUGAAAGUUGAACAGGGGAUAAUCACAGUAUGA